AUGGCACACGUGUACGCACACAACUUUGACCCCAGCGUCCACCGCGCCGGCUACAUCCCGGGGACCGAGUUUGCGCUGCCGUACCUCUCGCGCUUUUCGAUGGCGCACGACGACGAGGCGGGCAUGCUGCGCCAUGUCAACUGUAGCUUGCUGUCGACGCCCGGGGUGCCGCCGACGUUGAUUGCGCUCAAGCAGCACGCACAGUCGCUCGCCUAUCUGAUUGCGAUGCUCAACCCGCACGGCGGCGACGACGAAGCGGUUGAAGUGCUCGUCAAGAGGGCCAAGGCGGCCAAGAGCGCCAAGAGGGCCAAACGCCAAAAGACGGGCCACAUUGGCGAUGACGACACCGGCGUCACAGACGGCAGUCUUCUCCGCGAUCUCGUGUCAGGCACGACCGACACGACGACGGACAAUCCCUUUGACUGGCUCGACCUCAGCCGGCCGUACACCAACGAUGCCGAUCCGGCACACCACCGGCCGCUGAUCGACCUCGUCAACGAGGUGAAGGCGCGGCACGACGUGCUGGACACGACAUACCACUGCCCGCUGACGACGUACGAGCCGCGCAACGGCGGGCGGUAUACGCGGGACCGCAGCAAGGGCAAGGACAAGGACGACGCGCGGCGCUGGGACGAGGACGGCUUUGACCAGCGGCGGCCCUAUGCAUCGUACCACGGCUUGCUGCUGCAUGCCAACAUGUGUCUAGAGCGGCUGGACCACGAGUACGCCGCCACGGGCGGGCUGUUGUCGCUGCUGCCGACGCGCCGGGUGAAUGGCGUGAGCGGCGACAACAACAAAGACACAAGCACAAACAGAAACAAAAACGAGGACGAAGACGAGGACGAGGAAGCGCCUGAGAUAAAGGCCGCCCGCAACACCCUUGUCGGCCAGUGGAUCGUCUUUUCGCAGAACCUCAUCGGCCGCACGUACGAGCUGGAGGCUGCUUAUGCCAACGCCGUGCAUGCACUCCGUGGACGAGACACGGGGGCCGACACGGGGGCCGCGGCCGACAAGUGGCGCAUGAUCCACGCCGGCGACGACGUCUGGGCCGACGUGCACAGCAAGCUGGACGCAUCGAGCACGGCCGAUGCAGCGUGGACGGCGCAGCGCAGCACCCAGGGCGUGGUUGGCGGCAACCAAGCCGCCGAUGCGGCGUCGGCCGACCGCGUCGUGUACGUCGACAUCAACACGCGCUUCUACCGGACGGACGUCGGCGGCACCCACGCGCGCGGCGCCAUCUACGUGUGUCCGGUCGGCGCACCGGGCAUCGUCGAUGCAGGCGUGGAGGACGGCUCUGGUCGCGGCUCGUCGGCGGCGGCCGAUGAUGCCGACAAGCGCGCCGACCGGCACGCGGCCCAAGGGCGCCACUACUCCGCCUCGGCUCUCGAGCAGCGCUACGACCGCCGCCUUCAGGACGCCGGCCGCAUUGCCCGUGCCAACCAGCAUCUGGCAGAGCAGGCACUCCAGCACGCGCAGGCGCUGCUGGUGCUGCGUCGCGACCAAGAACGCAUGCUGGCGCUGAACGCGGAGCUGCAGAGGACGGCCGACGCGGCCAGGCAGCGCCUGAAAACAGCCGAGGCGGAGCUCGCAGAUCUCAAGUCCACGAGAGGCUGGUGA